UUAUAGUUGACUACUGAGGUUUGGCUCUCUGUUUUAUUAGUGAGGGAAUAUGAUAGAGACAAGAAGAAUGAUAAGGCUCCUCCUCCUGAUUCCCUCCCUCCUCCUAACUGGGAGCUAACUGUCUCAUUCAAACAAUUACUGAGAGCCAAUCAUCAGUAUAUUGCCAUGCCACGUCCACCACGCCCCUCAAACGCCAGACCGUACAUCAGUCAGGAGAUGAGGGAGGCUGGAGCAUCAGCUUAUAGCACAGCUGCUUUGAAACAACUAGAAUAUGAUUACUCAAUUUUUAACAAGCUUCUCAAAAUGGCAAGACACAUUGAUGCCCAGGGAAAGGUUCAUAAUUGGUUGACUGAACUCUCUAAGACCAGUAUAGACCCAAUACUGACGGUAGUUCUUAUUCCGUCUCUCUCCCUCACUUCCACAACAUUUGCUGUAGCUUAUACCAGCCACUCUGUCCCUUACAAUUGGAGGCUUGAUAUAACGCUAAGUGAUGGUGUCAUCACCUGGACUCAGAAACCAGACGGACAGCUAAUGUCAGUACCAGUUGAUAAGGAAAGACUAUUAGGAGCUCUGAAACGCCAAGCUGUCCUGUAUAUUUUAAAGGCGAUAGACCAAAUAGCAUUUGGCAAGAAAUGGUGCAAGCUACUAGAGUCCACUCUACCUAAUCCAUCACUGAUACUCAUGAAACAAAAACUCCUGACAUCCCUUGCUUCAAGCAUACUGAUUGAAUCACCAAAAGGAACAAGGUUGGAGCUACUAAUAGAGUAUGGUCAAGUUAUAGCUAGUAUAAGCACUGCUACUCAUUCUCUUAGUGAGGAAGAUAUUGAUACUGAGCAUAAACCCAGUCAACAGUCGAAUAUCAUUACACUCUCAGCUGCUAGUAAUGGCGGAGCUGGUUUAUUGAGUGGUGUUAUUAAACUGAUGGAGUCACUGAACUGAGCAACAUUCAUGUAUUGAUUAGUUUCUCAUUUUGUGUUUUUAAAAGAUUUUGCUGUAGAAUGACAGCUUUGUGAUGCUUGAAAAUUUA